AUGAAUACCGACCUCUUUGCGCAGCUGGUACUUGUGCCGAUCCUCCGGUUCCCCAUAGCGUUUUGUGUGCUUCUAUCACGCGUGCUCGAUACGCCGUGCCCGCGGCUGGCAGCCGCACUGACGGUGUACACAGUAGUUGUGAAUGCGUGCCUAAGCGCCAACCGGCGCGCCAAGCUGGCAGGCCCGUGGACGCCACUGGAGCAGAUGCCGGACGCGACGUGCGUGCUGACGGGCGGCGCGCAGGGCUUGGGCGCGUGUAUCCUGCGGAACCUGUUGGCGCAGUUCCCGCGGCUGACGGUGGUGGUCGUCGAUGUGGCGGACCCGGCGGUGGUACACCGCCGGGUGCGCUUCUUGCGGGCGGACCUCUCGAAGCCCGCGGACGUGGAGCGGGUGCUGGAGCAGGUGACGCGUGAGUACAGCCGCGUGGACGUGCUGAUAAAUUGUGCAGGCAUGCGCUCGCGGUACCAGGGCUUGCAGGCGGUGGCGCCGGAAGAGCUGCACAAGACUUUCCAGGUGAACGUGUUCGCGCCGCAGCGCUUCAUCCAGAAGCUGGCGCCGCGCGACGACCGCCAGUUCUACCUCGUGACCGUGGGCAGCACGCUUGGCAUCCUCGCGCCGGCGCGCCUCAGCGCGUACGCCGCGACCAAGGCUGCUACAAUCGCGUACCACGACUCCUGGACCUUCGAACUGCUCAGCAGCGGCCGCCAGCGCGUGCGCACGCUGCUGGUGGUGCUGGGGCAGAUGGAUACACGCAUGUUCCAGGGCUUCCGGCCGCCACGCCAGUUCCUGGCGCCGGUACUCGAGAGCGAGGAACUCGCGCGCAGGAUCGUGCACUGUUGCAGCAUCGGCAUGCGCGGCCAGCUGUGUGCGCCGCUAUAUGUGAACUUCAUGUACUUGGUGGCUGCCUUACCGUAUACGCUGCUCCGGCUCGCGCGCCAGUUCUCGCAGAUGGAUGUAUGCUUGCCGGAGGAGACAGAUACCUAA